UUGAAGAAAUCCAGAGACGACACUCGGAAACCAUGUCGAUUUUUGUCGUUAACACCAGCGUGACCAAAGACAAAUUGUCGGAGGCUUUGCUGUCAGAAGCAACCAAAGAACUGACUAAAGUCAUGAGCAAGCCUGCACAGUUCAUUGCUGUACAUUUUCACGCGGAUCAAAUUAUUAUGAUUGGUGGAAAUGCAGACCCCUCUGCCAUCUGCUACUUCCAGAGCAUUGAAAAGCUCAGCUGUGAUGAGAUCAAGAAGUACUCUAAGAUGCUGUGUGGACUAGUCCACAAACAGCUGGGCAUUUCUCCUGAAAGGAUUUAUAUUAAUUUUGUGGACAUGGAUGCUUGCAAUGUGGCUUGCAACAACACCACUUUUGGCUGAGCUGGUUGAGGUCCUGAAAGAAAUCAUAUUUGCAGGCAUAUUGGAGAGUCAUAGUUAAAAGUUACCAAGAAGCAAACCCAUAUUAUUAUGUUUUACCUAUUUCAAGAGAUGUUGCACUGUUCUUUCAUCUCUGCAAUAAAGUUCAUCAUGCGAUACAUAAAUUCAGGUGUUCUCAUUGAUUGUCCCUUCUUAGUGCAUUGCAUUGCAAGCUUCAACAAUACUAGGUAAACAUAGCUGGUGAGAAGAGCCAGUAUUUUGAUUGUGUAAACAUGUGUAAGAAAGGCAGUGUUUUAAGUGUUGCCAGAAUAACUUGUUUGACCUUUUCUUUGGCAAACUAAAACAAGGACAACAACAAGAUACUGACACAAGUCAAAGAGCCAAAAUGAUUAGAUAGAUACCCAUUAUAAUCGGUUUUAUAUAGGGCUGCAACUAACAAUUAUUUUUCAUAAUCGAUUAAUCGGAUAAAUGUCGCUUGUUUUUCAAUAACCGUCACAAUUUAACCAAGUUGUUUUAGACAUGUUUUAAGUAGGGAUGCACGAUACCCAUUUUUUAAAAAAAAAAGAUAUCGAUAACGUCUUGCUCCUCAAGGCCGAUACCGAUAUGAUAAUCGAUAAUAUAUAUUGUAAAUGUAUAUUCACCUGAGUCUUUGAACACCUGAAGGUCAAAAAUACUAGUGGUGGAUUCAGCAUAGAUUUGCCUUUGACCUAACCAAAAUUUUCAUAACAUUAAUGAACAAAACAAAGACUAGUACAGUUCUGACGUCAAAUGAAGUGCCAAUAUUUAUUUUUUCAAAUAAAUAUGAUUUGAGUCAAUGACAAUCAAUCAGUCAAUAUCAUUGACGAUGUGUUCCCCUGAAAAAUGAGCACUGAACUAAAACAAACCCAACAGGUAUUGUGCUUUGUCAGCAGAUAAAAUAUUUGGUGCAACAGGAGAGGAGACUUUUGAGGUCUAUGUCCAUGAAACAAAUUUCUUAACCUGGCAAAUAUAGGACAGCAAGCCUAUCAAUAACCAAAAGGCCUCUCAAGAACUUGUAAACAUAACACUGUAAAAUCCAAACAUUUGCUAAUCGCCAUAGUAAGGUUUAUUACUCAAUGAUGGAAAAAUAAGGCUCCUAGAACGGUAACAAAACUUUGCAUACUGGCAAAACAAGAGUGGAAACAAACGCACACAUCACAAACCACCGACAUAGUGCCAAAAAUAUUAUAUAUUAUCGGGCCUAUUAAUAACGUUAUCGGAUUUAUUGGGAUGAUGUCAUAAUUCCUAUUAUCAGACCGAUAAUUAUCUUGCACCUCUAGUUUUAAGUGACAAUGAAGACAAAAUGGAUGACUACUUCCUUCAAAAAAAAAUUUUUAUUACAGCUUCCUGACUUUACUGUAGUCUACAAAUGUACCGUUUUAAGUAUGUAAAACUUGAUAAGUUUUCAAUAAAGGUCCUGAGUAUAAAACAAAAAGAAUUUCUCAGUACACAAAUCAGACAAAAGUCCUGAUGAUUCAAAUAAAAAAAUUCUGCUGAUUGACAUGUUUUUCUUGUGGGCAAAGCGCUGGUAUAAAUUGUGUCAAUGACUCAUUUAUUUUCUUUAAACAAACUAAACAACAACAUCGAAUA